GUCCCUCCCUCCCUCUCUUAACACCGCCAACUUAUCCAUCAAUGGAGAUUAAUGAUGAUUUGCUCUUACCAUCCACCCUCUACCAUGCAUCUUUCUCACACUGUCUUCUCAUCUUUUUGUUUUUCCUUAUAUAAACCACCAUGAGCAGCCAGCAACCUUACUACUCUCCACUUCCUGCCAAGUGCCAACAAGUCCCCUCUUCUUCGUCUCCAAAGAGACAAAACCCAAGAGAGGAUCGUACGUCGUAGGGAUCUUGUUCAAUGGCGGACGCGGACCUGACACCAAACCACUCGCUCCUCCUCAAGAUGCCUGCGGCUUCGGCCCACGCCCACUCCCCAAGCCUCUCGAGCCUCCUGUUAUACGGCCAGGAGAGCCAUGGCGAAGCAGCGCCUGCAAACGCAAAUGCAAAUGCGGCAGCAGCAACGGUGGAGGACGCCGCCUCACUUGAGACCUCUUCUGCAGUGGUUGACAGUGCAUCUCCAAUGGAGAGGAAGAGGAAGGCUACAGCAGAAGACAGUGCUGCAAUCAGCUCUCCUCAACCAAAGGACUGCAAGCAGGAGAGCAAGAGCAGGAGGGGGAAGAGGCCCCGAAAGGAGACCGAGGAGAAGAGCAGCACUGAUGAAGACGAGGCCUCCAAGGGGUACAUCCAUGUGAGGGCGAGGAGGGGCCAGGCGACAGACAGCCACAGCCUCGCAGAGAGGGUGAGGAGAGAGAGGAUCAGCGAGAGGAUGAGGAUGCUGCAGGCACUGGUCCCUGGCUGCGACAAGGUUACUGGAAAGGCCAUGGUUUUGGACGAGAUCAUCAAUUACGUGCAGUCCCUGCAGAACCAGGUCGAGUUCCUUUCCAUGAGGAUUGCCUCCAUGAGCCCAGUGCUGUACGGGUUCGGAACGAACAGUGAAGGCCUUCAUGAUCAUCACGCACCAAUGGGAGGCGUGUCGUUCCAGGAAGCCGCCAUUGCAGUGCCAGCAGGUCCAGCGGCAGCGGUGAGCCAAGCUAGCAGUAGGCCGGCUCCAUCUGAAGCCACCAUGAACACCGCUUGCACUACCACGCCCUACUCAGUCUCACUGCAGGCCCAGGCUUCCAUCUCAUUCUCUCCCUCUCAGGUUGGCAUGGCAUGUGGUGUGUGUGAUGCGCUCCACUCCCUCUCAAAUACUACAUGCAAACGAUCUCCAAACACGUCGGCAUGCAUCCAUCGUGUUUUAACCGACCAACGUGAGAUCACUCCGUUUCAGGAAAACGGCGGCACUUAUUACCUGGUGCAGCAAGCGGUGGGGGAGCAGGCAACGAGGCAGGAGGAGCUGCUGCUGAGCCAGUUGGUGUUCAGCAACAUGUGCUCGUUCCAGUAGGGGGGCAGGGCAGGCAAGAGUGUUUGCGCGAGCGGAAGCGAGGAAAGAGACCCCCACCCACACACCCAUGCACAUUGAGUCAUUGACAAUAGGUACUGUUGCAAGCUAAGUUUCAUUGAUUGGGAGGCCGACGACUGAAAGGUGAAAGCUGCCUCUGCCACCUCUGCCCUCUCAUGUCUGAAAACUACACUUAACCUACUAUGAUUUGAAUUGUUAGGCCAUCAUGCUAAGAUCCGCUAAAACUAACAGAACAGCAUGUUCUUUGAUGGUCUCUGGACAGGAGGAAAUGAUGCUGCAAGAUUUGGCUAGUAGGAGCGCCAGAUGAGUUUCAGAUCCGAGCGGCAAGCGGAGCCUGCUGUUUGUUUGCACAUUUUGAGAGACUUUGUAGUUUGUAAUGUUUCUAGCUCCUGUAUGACGAUUUUCUCGGCGGCUGCACCUGACCUGCCCACCGUCACCAGCUCACCGUUGUAGUAGUCUCCGAUGAGCAAAUCGGUUGUUAAUACGUAAGAGAGGAGAGCUAUUUUUGUUCUUAGGCAAACAAUGCUUAACUGUUUCAUUAUUCAACGACCCAACUCCCAGCAUCUCAACGAAUCAUAGAGUGAUGGACGAUCAGUUUUUUCC